AUGACUUCGUCUUCAACUAUUCGAAAAUCAACAACAUUAAAAGAUCAAGUUGAACAUAAUAAUGAUUAUAAUAAAAAGGUCUUAGAAGACAAUCAUAUAUAUAUUCCCCAUCGAUAUUAUCAGCCUUUGGCAAAAUCUGGUUUAAUGGAACAAUUCAUUCAUAUCAUCCUUAAUGUUAAUGAAAAAUUAUUUAAUUCAAAACAAGAAAUUAAUUUACCAGUAUCAAUAUUAUCAACACCACCAACACCAACAUAUACUGAACGUAUCCUUGUGAAUGAAGAUUUCUAA